GCAAUAAGACAAGCGAGCAUAUCAACUAGCGAAGUUUAAAUCGCAAUUUACGGCAUGGAUAUCAAGCUAAAAUUUACAGUUAUAUUUGUAUUGGUCAGUGUAGUCGUAUGUCUGUCGGUAGUUUUAGCUCUUGUUGUGACUAUGCCCGAUUUGCAAUCAACUGUAAGAAAUUAUCAAACCUGUCUUCCCAGUGAGUUUGGAACUUUAAAAUGUGGUUCAACGGCUAGUUUGUUACACGAGUAUCUAGAAAGAACAAUUGCAAAGAAAUUCGACGAAAUAAAACAGGAAGAUGAAAAGCGACAACAAGAGUAUCUGGAUAAGAACAGAGUCCGAUUAAUGAGUAUCUACGACAAGGCAUUCUGGGAAAUGAAACCAGCCGCAAAACUCACUGGAAAAGAACAACCUGACGCAAGAAAAAGUGACAUUGGUGCUGACAUGAUACCUGUAAGAGAAUGGCGUCAUGGCAGAGAACUUUACGACACAAGCGGUUUCGAAAGAUACGGCAUUCGAUACAGAAAUGGCCGUUUGGUCGUGCCUGUAGAUGGCACAUAUUUUAUUUAUUCUUCUGUCGAUUUAUUUGAGUCAUGUAAUCCAUCAACGGGGAAGCCUAAUGUAAACGAUACCACUAAACCUAUUAAGCACGGCAUAUUUAAAUUUAAUAUCCUUGAUGGGGAGGAAAUGGAAUUAGUUUCAAAUGUUCAACCACACACGAUUUCCAGUAACAGAUAUUUCAAUUCUUACAGUAGCUAUGUUUCGUCACUUGCACAACUUAAAGCUGGUGAUGAGCUAUCUAUAAAGGUUAGCAAUAUAACGUAUCUAAAAUAUACUCGAGACAAUUAUUUUGGGGUUAAUAUGAUAUGACAACCAAGCAAUUCCAUCCUUACCAUCGGGAACACGUGCGCGUCGUGGUGAGGGCACAACUCGUCGUUGCUUAUUAUACCUUCUAACAACCACGACUUUACUUAAUUAAUUUGUUUCUUUAAAAUCUCAAAAGUAGAUCCCUCGGAAGCACAGAGAACAAGACAAACAGUGAAAAGUGCAGACUAGGUUUGACUGAGUCUGUUCAUGAGCAGUAAUGGAAAGUGCCUACGCCCCCUAGCACCGACUUAAGCAUUAUUCGAUCUUCAAAUCGAAUUGAGUUGAAAUCAAUGAUCCCUAAGGACCAAAAAAUAUAAUAAGCAUUGACGGGUUGACCAAGAUUCCCGACACACUAAUGCAAACAUUUGCAUUUUUAGAUAAACUAAAUUGAAAUAAUUCAGACACUGAGCAAAUUCGUGUAAAUGACAUUCUAAAUGGCAGUUUGAUUUAGCAAAUACCAAGACAGUCUUUAAAAAUAGAAUUUUAAGAAAGUACGAGAAGAGCAGAACAAAUUCACGACUUGAAAAAAGGAUUGAAUCGCUUGCCAUUUCCAGUUUGUCAGUUCAUUAAUUUAUAUAUGAUAAAAAAGGAGUUAGGCAUCGGUUUCAGAACACUGUUGAGACAAAAAUUCCUACCUGGUGAAACCUACUCUAUAUUACCUGCAAAUGAGUACCCUAACGCGGUUGUACAUUUUAUUGUAUUAGGCUACACGUAUGCAAUGGUAGUUAGAAAAGUGUCUCAUGAAUAUUUCACUUUUGCAAAUUUGAG